UUAAACUGCUGAAGUAUUGGCAACUUGGUGGCCUUUGUCUCCGGGACCGUGAGGAAGAAUACAGAAAGAUUACAGAGAGGAAAUGGCGCUAUUGCUUUCUACCUCAACUUCCAUUUCAGUGCCAACAUCUUCUAAUCUCCGCCCCAAGUUAUCUUCCAUUGGAACACACCCAGACACGGUAUGCCGUCUUCUGUUUACAGGAGUGGAUAAGAAGAGUCGCGACAAGAGUAAAUAUAUUAUCCAUAAGGCUCCAUCAUUUGUUUCUCUGUCGGUGAAGAGUAGUCAAUCAGUUAGUAAAACUCGAAAAGGUCGUGAAGUUGGUAGUAAUUCAAGAAAAGGCGGCGGUGGAUAUGGGAAAUUAUUAAGUGAGGGAAGGGACGAGGAUGAGAAAUAUGGACAGGUAUGUCCUGGUUGUGGAAUCUUUAUGCAGGAUGAAGACCCUAAUCUUCCUGGGUAUUACAAGAAACGCUCUGUUGAUCAUCUGACAAUAGAUGUAGAGGACAAUGAGGGCUUUUUGGAUGAUGAAGAGUUUGGUGAUAUUGAGGGAGAAGUGCAGUUUGGGGAUUAUAUUGAGGGGACAAUGGAUUCUGGAAUUGAUUGGGAUUUAGAAGAAUGGGAAUCAGAGGUUGAAACAGAAGAUGAUGAUUUGGAGGAGUUGGAUGGGUUUUCUCCAGCUGGUUUAGGUUAUGGUAAUAUUACCGAGGAGAUUCUUGAGAGGAGGAAGAAGAAAAGGGUGUCAAAAGCAGAGAGGAAAAGGAUGGCAAGAGAAGCAGCUCGGAUGGAAAAAGAGGAGGUAACAGUUUGUGCUCGAUGCUACUCAUUGAGGAAUUAUGGACAAGUGAAGAAUCAGGUGGCAGAGAACCUGAUACCUGAUUUUGACUUUGAGCGGUUGAUAACUACGAGGCUAAUGAAGCCCACAGGGAAUGCUGAUGCUACAGUUGUGGUUAUGGUGGUUGAUUGUAUCGAUUUUGAUGGAUCGUUUCCAAAGAGGGCAGCCAAUUCUUUAUUCAAGGCGCUUGAAAGGAGCAAAGAAGGCUUGAAGCAAAGUAAAAAACUGCCAAAACUUGUUCUUGUGGCAACAAAGGUUGAUCUUCUCCCCUCCCAAGUAUCCCCAACAAGGCUAGAUAAAUGGGUAAGACACCGUGCUAAGGCUAAUGGAGCACCUAAACUCAGUGGAGUUUAUUUGGUAAGUGCUCGUAAGGAUUUGGGUGUGAGAAAUUUACUGGCAUUUAUUAAGGAGUUGGCUGGUCCUCGUGGUAAUGUUUGGGUUAUUGGGGCUCAAAAUGCAGGAAAGUCAACCUUGAUCAAUGCAUUUGCUAAGAAGGAAGGAGUAAAAGCUACAAAGCUUACUGAAGCUCCGGUACCUGGAACAACACUUGGGAUCUUGAGAAUUGGUGGCGUAUUGUCUGCCAAGGCAAAGAUGUAUGACACUCCUGGCCUCCUCCAUCCAUAUUUAUUAUCCAUGAGACUAAAUAGGGAUGAGCAGAAAAUGGUUGAGAUACGGAAGGAGCUACAACCUCGCAGCUAUAGAAUAAAGCCAGGCCAGACUGUACAUCUUGGAGGUCUAGUAAGAUUAGAUCUCAAUUCUGCUUCAGUGAACACCAUAUAUGUCACUGUUUGGGCAUCUCCAAGUGUCUCUCUUCAUCUAGGUAAAACAGAAAAUGCUGAUGACAUUUGGAACAAGCAUUGUGGGAUUAGGUUGCAGCCUCCUAUUAGCAUGGAGCGAGUUCCUGAAUUAGGCCCUUGGAAAGAAAAACAAAUUAAAGCGAGUGGGACAAGCUGGGAUUUGAACAGCAUUGACAUAUCUGUGGCUGGCUUUGGAUGGCUUUCCCUGGGCUUAAAAGGUGAAGCGGACUUAACAUUGUGGACAUAUGAUGGCAUUGAGAUCACAUUGCGUGAGGCUUUGGUACUUGACCGCUCCCCAUUUCUUGAGAGACCUGGAUUUUGGCUACCCAAGGCUAUAUCAGAUGCUAUUGGAAACCAAAGCAAGCUCGAAGCUCAAGCAAGGAAAACAACUCAAGAUACCCUACUUUCAGAAGUAGAAGUACCUUGUUAAGGACAGAUGCCAUGACUUCAAACCUCAAAGCUCUUCAAAGUCGAAGGACACAGGGACUACAUAACAAUUCUAUCAUCAUUCCUUCCAAUUAAGUCAGGCCAAUUAUAUCAGUCUGGUAUCUCCAGAAAGAUCAAAGCUAUGGGACAUGCAACUUCAAGAACAUUCCGAGCAAUCAGGUGAUUGAUUUAGACUUAAAUAUUUUACAUCAAAUUUUGUCCAAAAUAAUGUGAUUUGUAAUAUAUGUUAAAGCAUCAACUAUUAAUGAAUUGAUUGAUUUUAGGAAAAACUGCACUUGUGAUCA